CCAAGCCGGGACGCGGUGGCGGCGGCGGCGGCGAUGGCCAUGGCCGGGGCGCUGGCGGGGCUGGCGGCGGGCUUGCAGGGCCCGCGCGUCGUGGCCGGCCCGGACUCGGACUCGGACACGGACUCGGAGGACCCGAGUGCCCGGCGCGGUGCGGGCGGGCUGCUCCGCUCGCAGGUCAUUCACAGCGGUCACUUCAUGGUGUCGUCGCCACACAGCGACUCGCUGGCCCGGCGGCGCGACCAAGAAGGGCCCGUGGCGCUCGCUGACUUCGGGCCGCGCAGCAUCGACCCCACACUCACGCGCCUCUUCGAGUGCAUGAGCCUGGCCUACAGCGGGAAGCUGGUCUCCCCCAAGUGGAAGAAUUUCAAGGGCCUCAAACUCCUCUGCAGAGACAAGAUCCGCCUCAACAACGCCAUCUGGAGGGCCUGGUACAUUCAGUAUGUGGAGCGGAGGAAGAGCCCCGUGUGUGGCUUCGUGACGCCCCUGCAAGGGCCGGAGGCCGAUGAGCACCGGAAGCCCGAGGCCGUGGUCCUGGAAGGCAAUUACUGGAAGCGGCGCAUCGAGGUGGUGAUGCGCGAGUACCACAAGUGGCGCAUCUACUACAAGAAGCGGCUCCGUAAGUCCAGCAGAGAAGGGGAUCUCCUGGCCCCGAAGCAGGUGGAGGGGGGCUGGCCCCCGCCGGAGCGAUGGGAGCACCUCUUCUCCAGCGUGGUGCCCAUGCUGCUGGGGGGCCCCGAGGAAGAGCCCAGCGGGCGGCAGCUGCUGGACCUCGACUGCCUCCUGUCCGACAUCUCCGACACCCUCUUCACCAUGACCCAGCCCAGCCCCGCAGCCCUGCAGCUGCCCCCCGAGGACGCCUACGUGGGCAACGCUGACAUGAUCCAGCCGGGCCUGACGCCGCUGCAGCCCAGCCUGGACGACUUCAUGGACAUCUCAGAUUUCUUCACCAACUACCGCCCCCCACCCACGCCCACGCCGUCGAGCUUCCCGGAGCCCCCCAGCUUCAGCCCCAUGGCCGAGCCCCACUUUGGCAGCGGACUCCUGGGUGCUGAGGUGCCCCCCGCCCCCUCGGCCAUGGCCUACCUCUCAGGGCACCACGGUCUGCAGGCUCAGAGCAGCUGCCCUGUCCCCCUGGACUCCGGCACUUUCCUCAGCUCCGAGUAUCUCCUUCGGGAAGACCCCAAGUCAAAGCACCCGCCUGCCCCUCUCCACCACUACCCGGCCCCAGACAAGGGGCCCUGCCUGGAGCCCUGCGCGCCCACCCGCUACCCGCCCCCCGCCCCGCCCCCGUCCCCCGCUUUGCUGCCUGAAGAGGCGGUUUUCUCGUCCCGGUUCCCCUUCCCCUCAGUGCCCCCCACCCCGGACUUUUCCCCCCUACCGGCCCCCACGACCUUCGCCCCCGCUCAGCCGCUGCCGCCGGGCCCUGGCCCCACCCCAGCCCGUUUCCCGCUGGACCUUCUUUCCCCCGGCUAUCCCGAACCUCCAUUUGGGCCUCACUUCGCGGUGCCCCAGGGCGUGAGGCCCAGAGGCAAGCCCCCCGCCCAGAAUCCCCGGGGGCGGAAGCCCAGUCCCCCCACCUUGGCCCCCGCCGCGGCCAGCCCCACCGCGGGCAGCACCAAUCCGUGCCUCACGCAGCUGCUGACAGCAGCCAAGGCCGAGCAAACCCUCGAACCUCCCCCGGCGUCCGGCGCCCUUCUCCAGCCCCCAGAGACCCCGAAAGCAGUGCCUGACGCCCCCUGCGUCUUCUUCCCAUCCACCCUGGCGCCCGCGCCGCCCCGACCCCCUCCGGGCCCGGCCCCGCGGGCCCCACCCCGGCCCCUCGUGGUCCCCAAAGCUGAACGGCUGUCGCCGCCGGCGCCCAGCGGAGGCGAGCGGCGGCCGUCUGCGGAGCUCAGCGCCCUGCCCGGCCCCGCGGCGCCCCUGGGCGCGCGCCUCUCGCCCCCGCACCCCGUCCCGAGCCGGGGCCGGCCCGACAGCCACAAGACCGAGAGCCGCCGCAUCACGCACAUCUCGGCCGAGCAGAAGCGCCGCUUCAACAUCAAGCUGGGCUUCGACACGCUGCACGGGCUGGUGAGCACGCUGAGCGCGCAGCCCAGCCUCAAGGUGAGCAAGGCCACCACGCUGCAGAAGACGGCCGAGUACAUCGCCAUGCUGCAGCAGGAGCGCGCCGCGCUGCAGGAGGAGGCCCAGCGGCUGCGAGACCAGAUCGAGGAGCUCAACGCGGCCAUUAACCGUGCUGAACUCGCUCCGCCAGCUGAGCACGUCCACGAGCAUCCUCACGGACCCCGGCUGCAUCUCGGAGCAGGCCAAGCGCGCCGUCACGCAGGGCUCCUCGAACAAGCCUCUAUAGACUGGCCCGGCUGCGGGCCCCAGGGACAGCCUCUGCCUGCCCGCCUCCGGCCCAGGCCCCGGCGGUGCCCUCUCCUGUGGGAUGAGCUCCGGACCAGCCUUCCCAGCAGCCGCAGCCGCCAGGACUCCGGUCCCCAUGGGCCUCCAUUUUGCUGUCUGUCAAAUGGGGAGGAACAGCUUCUGCCGGAUGUUGAUCUGAGGCCUGGGUGCGGGGAGCCUAGGCCAACAACUCAGGGAACCUUCUUGAAGGAAGGGGGAAGGAGACGGUCCUCCUUCCUUCCCCGUCACCCCCCCCUCCCCAGAGGUGGGGUGCCAGCCUGUUUCUGAACAGAGAAGAGGCUAAGGAGGUUCCUUCUUGGGGGCAGAGACCGCAAUGCACUGUGUGUUCUUUGCACACUUGAGACCCAGGUUUGAUCCCCAGAACCCAGCACACCCGAGCACCAAGCUGGGAGUAGCCCCUGAGCACCCCCAGGUGUGGCCCCAAAACCAAAGAAAAAAAAAACAAAACCAAAGAGGCGAUUCCCUCCCUUGGUGUUUCUGUGCUAACUUUAGAGGGAUGCGGGGUUGCUGGCCAGUAUCGGGGUGGGAGGUCAGAACCCCUCGUCCUCUUGUGUGUGUAUGUGUAUGUGUGUGUGUGUGUGUGUGUGUGUGUGUGUGUGUGUGUAUUCUGUAAAGAAUUCUUGACCAAUAAAAACAAAAACCCAGCAAGCUGUUGGCAGUGGGAGGUGAGAGACCCCCAGCUCGGUCUCUGCUCAGAAUCAUGGGGAGGGGGCUGGAGCCAUAGCACAGCGGGGAGGGCAUUUGCCUUCCAUGCCGCCGACCCGGGUUCGAUUCCCAGCAUCCAAUAUGGUCCUCCGAGCACCGCCAGGAGUAAUUCCCGAGUGCAUGAGCCAGGAGGAACUGCUGUGCAUCACCAGGUGUGACCCAAAAAGCAAAAAAAAAAAAAAAAAAAAGAAUCACUGGAAGGUUCUGGGCUGAGAUGCAACAAAUCAGCUGGGUCGGGAACGCUGGCAGCAGCCUGGGCCACACCACUGAGCCACCAGGUCCACAGUGCCAGGCUGAGCAUGGCAGGGAAAUGGCCCCUGGGCUCCCUGAGCUCAACUGGUGUCCUGGAGAGAUAACUCUGGUUGCCCUGAGUGCCGCUAGCAUGGGUUCAGUCCCAGAGCCCCCACCAGGAGUAAGCCCUCGGCACAGCGGGGUGUGCCCCCCCAAAAAAACAGACAAAAGGUUCGAUACUCGUAUAGUUAAGAGAAGACAAGAAAAUGUGAUGCAGGAAUCUAUGGUAGAUGCAGCUAAAAUCAACAAACAGGGCUUCAUCCUAGGCUCCGUAUUUACCCCCGAGCCCCACCAGGAGUGAUCCAUGAGCACAGAGCC